UGUCUCACCUAUCGUGACACACUACAUAUUAUGUCCGCAACGUGUCACGACUGAGAGUGCCGUCCCCGAGCAGCUUCAGUCCUACGUGAUCCAGUCCGAUUCCGAAACCGAGACCGAGUCACCAGUUCUAGUCUGCAAAGUGCCGAUAUAAAACGAUAUUUUUUUUAAAAAAAAAAACGAAAAUGCAAAUGUUAUCCAACGCGCUCAGACCGGCGGUGGCGUUGCGCCGGAUCAGCAGAAGCUCGUCCACGGCGGCGAAAUUCGAUCUCAAUGGAGUGUUCGUGCCCAUACCCACACCGUACAAGGCGAACGGAGACGUCGACUACGGAGCGCUGGCGUUCAAUUUCGAACGAUGGGAAAAAAUACCGUUUAGAGGUUACUGUGUGGGUGGGUCCAAUGGUGAAGGACCAUAUUUAAAAGCCGAAGAAAAAAUAGAAAUGGUGUCCAAAAUUCGAUCUAUGAUUGGAAAAGACAAAUUAUUGAUUGCUGGGACAACGUGUGAAUCAACUAAAAUGACGUGCGACCUUAGUAAAGCCGCAGCUGAAGUCGGGGCAGACGGCGUUUUGGUGAUGAGUCCUUUCUACUUCAAAACCAGAAUGACGGAGGAAUCUUUGUACGAGCAUUUCGUAUCGGUAGCCGACUCGUGUCCUGCACCGGUCAUAGUGUACAACAUGGUGCCCGUGACCGGUAUCGACCUCAGCGUCGAAAUACUGAAGAAAAUGUCCUUACACCCGAACAUCGUCGGCGUUAAGGAUAAAGACAUGGGAAAACUCGCAGCGCUUGUCACCGAAACGCGUGACCAGAGAUUCCAAAUCGUUGCCGGGUCGGCGAGUUACUUACUGGCCGCCAUGCUCGUCGGUUGCUCGGGCGGGAUAAAUGGCCUGGCCGCUGUACUCGGCGAACCGUUGUGUAAGAUGCACGAACUGGCGGCCGCGGGUCGGUGGCAGGAGGCAUUGGAAUUGCAAAGGAAACUCGUCAAUAUCGAUUUGCUUCUCAUGCAAGAAUGUGGACCAGCCGGUCUUAAAGCUGCGAUGGAACUUUUGGGCUACAGAGGUGGUCUGUGUCGAUCCCCGUUGCCGCCAAUCACCGCCGAGAAAGUUGCGAAAAUCAAACUGACGCUGGAAAAAGAUGGAUUUUUGUAAAGAAUCGUAAACAAAGCAAAAAAACCCCGAACAUUUUUUACAGAUUCAUAUAUAUUAUAUAUCUUUUUAUUACAAACAAAAGUCAAUACAUUAUUUUAUACAAGUAUACAUACAAUUAAUAAGAUAAUUAUAUCGACACGUUAACUUACGAUACAACGUAAAUAUACAUUUUUCUAAAUAAAUUAAAUACAAAACUAAUAUUUUAGGAAUAAACACAUAUUAUUAUUAUAUUAUAUUCAUAAGAAGCAUAUUGUAUAAUAAUUUUUCACUGACGGAAUAAAAGAAACCGUGAAUAAAAAUUAUUAUAAAAUGUCAGCUUAACGUUUUGAAGAGUAUAGAUGUUUAACAUUAUGCUUAAAAAUAUUUAUUUAUGGUUUCGAUAUUUUUUGCCAUGGCACGUUUAAGAGUCUAGAUAAUGAUAAUAUGUUCAACACACUUCAUUGUAUAAAGAAUAAGGUAUACAAGAAUCAUUACACUUUAAAAAUUCAAGAGUAGGUAAGAACGUUAAAAAGUUUAUGAUAAAAACAAUAACAUUACUAUAUUAUCAAUAUUGACCAGUAAAACCAAUAGUGAGAUAGGUAAUAUUGUUUUUUAUGCGUUUCUGUAUCAAAACAGACUAUAUAUAUAAAUAAUAAUAAAAAAAAUCAUUGGCACUUUUUUAAUUCUGUUUUAAUUUAUACAUUUCCUGACUUUCGGACGAUUUGUGUUUAAAAUCUUGGUAACGAUGUAAAUAAUAAUAA